GACCUGUCCACAUCUCUGUGUUCAGCUGCAAGAAGAGACUCUGAAUCUGCUCUUUUUCCCUCAGGGCGAGGGGAGUUGCAGCUUCAGGCCCCAGGAUGCGAGCCGAACCCUGGGCAGUCGGUCCUGAAGGUCCUGCUUGUGGGCAAGCGUGGAGCCGGGAAAAGUGCAGCCGGGAACAGCCUUCUGGGGAAGCGAGUCUUUGAGACCAAAUUCAGCGAAGAGUCAGUCCCUGGAUGUCAGAGCUUUCUGUCUGAUAGCAGAAUCUGGAGAGAGAGGAAAGUUGUGGUCAUUGAUACUCCAGAAAUCUCAUCUUCAAAGGGCGUUAAAGAGGAGCUCCAGAGACAUGAACUUGGAUGCCCCCACGCCUUCCUGCUGGUGACACCGCUGGGCUCCUUCACCAAGAAAGAUGAGGCGGUACUGGACACCAUCCGAGGCAGUUUUGGAGACAAAUUUGUGAAGUACCUGAUCAUUCUCUUCACCAGGAAAGAAGACCUAGGGGAUCAGGAUCUAGAGAUGUUCCUGAAAAACAGAUAUGAACAUCUCUACAAGCUCAUCAAGGUGUACAAACGCCCCUACUGUGCCUUCAACUACCGAAUCACGGGGGAAGAGGAACAACGCCAGGUGGACGAGCUCCUGGAAAUAGUUGUGAGCAUGGUGCAGCAGAAUGGCGGCAGGCCCUGCAGCUUCAGAGGGGAAGAGGGCCUGAGCAUUAUCCUGGUGGGGAGGAACGGCACUGGGAAGAGCGCCACGGGGAACACCAUCCUGGGGAACCCCGACUUCCGCUCUCAAUUCCAAGCACAGCCCGUCACCCAGACCUGCCAGAGCAGCAAGAGGAUGUGGCACGGGAGGCAGGUGGUGGUUGUGGAUACGCCCUCCUUCUGCCUGACGACCGGCGCAGAGGGGCAUCGGUUCCAGCUGGAGGAGGUCAGACGCUGUUUGUCCUGCUGUGAAGAAGGGAACAAGGUUCUGGUCCUGGUGUUCCAGCUGGGGCGGUUCACUGAGGAGGACAAAAGGGCAGUGAAGGACUUGGAGAGCAUCUUUGGAGAGGAAGUUUUGAAGUACACGAUCGUGCUGUUCACUCGGAAGGAAGACCUCGAGUCAGGGAGCUUGGAAGAGUACGUCAAGAAUACAGAUAACAAAACUCUGAAGAACAUCAUUAAAAAGUGUGGCGGGCGAGUCUGUGCUUUUAAUAACAGAGAAACGGGCCAAGCCAGGGAAAACCAGGCAGAAAGUCUUCUGACAUUGGCCGAGGACCUGAUAAAGCGCCAUGGAGAGCAGGGGUACCCCCACGAAUGGGAGAAAGUCUACAAAAUCACUAUAAAUUCCCAGGAAAAGCACAAGCCCACAAAUAUACUGAAGAAUAUAAAAGAGUUUUUAUUGUAGGCAGCUGACAUGCGUGGGGGUGUCUCUAAGGUAGAGACACCCUCACUUGGGGAUGGGGCGUGGUAGGACUAGUGGGAUGGGAGGAGGCUCCGGGACGUUGAGGCAGGCGUGGUGGGUGCGUGCAACGCUGGGGGCACUGCCUCAGCUCUUUGUGGCUAAGUGAAUCGUCAGGCCGGGCGAAGGGAUUGAUUCUAAAGGAGAAAGAAAAAAUUGGAUGGGGAAAUCUGGAAAGAAGCUUUAGAGACUGGGUGGUUUUGAGGGUCAGAAUUAAGUGGCGUG